AAGCCUUAGGACCGCCCUGCACUUUAUCUACGUUUUAGGUUGAGACUUGUUUUUAGGAGUCUACCUAGGUUUUUUAGUGUGUCGUUUCAUGUUGUGUAUCAAGUAGAAAGAUGGUAUGAAAUCAUGAUUGACAAAACUUUAACUAGUAAAAUAGAGAAUGAGUAGUUGAACAAGUAGAAGAUGAUGUUUUUCUGCUUCUCUUCUUGCUGUCGGAGGACUUCUUCCGCGUCACUGUGGUUUCUAGCCACUUCUAGCGCCAUCGUUAACACCACAAUAUUACCUUCAAAGAACAACUACACCUUCUGGGCUGUCGAAGCGAGCGCAGCUGAAAAUGGACGGGCUGACUGCUCGUUUGGAGACUCGGUAAAUCGCUUACAGGGCAUAGGAGGAAACCGUUUGCCACGAUCAUAUAAGGCACCAGCACUUUCACGCUUUAAUAGCGAUGCUGACAGAGCUACUAGAUCUGGCACUAGUGGGAUCAUUUGUUCCGCCAGGCAGCAAGGUGAGGGUGACCCUAGGAUUGAAAGGGAGGAAAGGGGAGGAAGCCGUCAGAUACAUCCGCCUUCAAGAGGUAGUUUUAUUGAUGCAACAGGAAGCAGAAACUACCACAGGAUUAGGGAUCAUGGCGGAAAAAACUCGCCUCAGAGUCAAACACCUCAGAGGCAGACACCUCAGAGUCAGACAAUUCAGAGUCAGACACCUCAGAGUCAGACACCUCAGAGUCGGACAUCUCAGAGUGGUCAAGGAGGACCGCCUUCGCUACCUGUUAUGCCGUGUCCAUCACGUGCGUCCUCGCCUAGGAGACGGAAAGGAAGUAAACAACAUCCCUGCGACCGAGAAGUGGAUCUUAUUAAUCAGAGGAGAGCCGGAGCGGCUUCUCCUGCAUCAAGUCUUCACAAUAAGUGCGCUGGCCUGCCAAGUCCGUCACCUACACCACAACGACAAUCACAGAUAUCAACUCCAUCACCAGUACCCCCGCGACUUUCACAGAAAUCAACUCCUUCACCAGUACCACAGAGGCUAUCGCAGAUAUCAACUCCAUCACCAGUACCAGGAGAAUCAACAAAGAUAAUACAGCAUGAGCCUGAGCAGCAGCCAUCUAGUUCUUCCACCAAGCAGCAGCCAUCUAGUUCUGCGAGUUCAACAGGGGUUGCAGUAGCUACAUCAAUUCCACCCCUUGCUGGUGCUUCAAAUAGAGAUGCAGCAGGAGUUGCUGAACAGCCUCUUUCUUCGAAAACCGCAUCGUCAUGUCCUCCUGAACAUUCAAAGCCUCCUUCUACGUCUGCAGUUCCAGCAACAACUGCUGCAGCAAAGCUUAUACACCCACAGCAGACAAAACCACUUGGCGGGACAGGAAUCAGCCCUACUUCUAUUGACGUCCCUGUAAUAUCUGAGAGCAAAGGCGAUACAGAUUUUCCCGCACUACCUCCUGUGUUGAAGACGGGAAGCACACUGCCUUCGCUGAGGCCUGAGGGCACGUUACCUGUGUUAACGGAAAGCGCACUUCCCACUCUUAUUAAGGCUUUCUUCGUAAACGUAAAGCACUCUUCUUUUGUUUCACGUAGAGCAUCUACAUCUACUACCUGUAGCUCUUUUAUUUUCUACAGUGAAGAUAAAGACAAGCGCUCGACCACGACUCGAGAAGAGUAUCUUUUAGCUACCGCGUUGGAGAAGAAGUGUAACCUACUUGAGGCAGAUGGCGAAGAUGAUGCAGAUGGAGACGUCGACGAAGAAACGCCACGUCGAAAAUCAAGACCUCGCACUGCUCCACCAAGACGUCGUAGUCGUUCGGUCAAUAAAGCAAACAGGAUAGGGUUGAUUAAGGCAUUCGUUUCCUAAAAAUCAAUGCACUAUUUCAUUUAUUCAGAUGAGAGAUGUCCAUCUUGGAGCCAGCUGGCCUAUAAGUAGAGGGAGUUGUACGCAGCUCCAAGAUGAGUGCGCCAUAAAGGAUUGGGGAUUUGGAUGAGCUCUAACCUAAGACUUGCUCCUUGUUCAUCUCCUGCGGCAGGUUCUUCGGAUGCGUGUUCCACCUCGACAGCAGCGGUUGCGAUGUUAAGAUCUGGCUAUUGUAAUACCGAAGCCUAUCACGAGAGAGAAAAAAAAAGAAAAAUGAGGAGGGUAAUACAAGUCAACACGAGUCUCGAUUAAGUUUUACCUCGAGACAAGCAAUUGUGAUGUUAAGUACCUUCUACUUACCAUUAUAUCCUCAUCAAAAUCAAUAAGCAUCUUUUUAGUGAAGAUCUUACUAUUUUUCUUCUAAUUUCUCCGGCCGCGUCAGGAGAUACAGACUUUCAUCCACCUUGUUCGACCGCGACUUCGCGGGAGGGAAGGAAAAGCUAUGGCGCUGCGGGUGAUGCUGAUGAUGAGGAAGGCGAAGCCGAUUGCGAGUCUGCGGAAUCGUCAACGCCUGAUGGAUUCAGAGCAAGACGUAAUAAAUAA